UUCUCUUGGUAAGAGAUGUUAGAGAGCGAUGUCUGGAGAGACGAUGGCGGCUGAUGAGGCGAACGCGGAGUGCGGCUCCAGCCUCUUGCUGGGCCUGCCGGAGGAUGUGCUGGAGCUGAUCUCCGGCCACCUACAGCCCCGCGACCUGUGCAGCCUCGCCCUCUGCUGCCGCGGCCUCCGCGCCGCCGUCGCCGCCUCCGAGAAGGCCUGGCUCGCCCAGUGCCGCCGCCUUGGCCCGCCGCCCGACCUCCUCCCCCGGUGGCGCUCCGGCGUCCAGUCCUACAGCGCCCUCUGCCACUUCCUCUCCGCCGUCUCCCCCCUCCUCGGCAUCUGGGUCCACCAGAACCCUGAGCUCGGCAACGUCGUCUGCGUCCUCUGGGGCUUCCUCUCCGUCGCCGCCUGCCGCGUUAUCCCCCAAGAGCUCGGCCCUCUCGGCCUCGACGGUGGCCCCCUCCUCUGGGCCCCUGUUUUCGAGAUCCUCGCCGACUUCGACGGCGCCCCCUCACUCCUAUUCCUCCACGGCCGCGACCUCGCCGACGACUCUCUCUUCCCCGGCGUUGUCCGCUCCCUUGAUGCCGCCGCCAACGUCCUCCUCCUCGAGGUAGACGCCCGCCCAUCCGCUAACCCCUCUCCACCUUCCAAAUCCCAUCUUUUGCCCCACUCUCGAAGCUUCUCCGCCGCUUCCGAGCCCAAAGAUCCUAUCUUAACGAAGACCUUAUGCCGAUCGGACACCACCGUCGCCUUGCGUCCCUCGCCACCUCCGGCACCGCCACCGCUGCCGGCUCCCUUCAGCCGUUUGGCCUUCGGCGACCGGCGGAGGCUUCUCGACCUCGUCGCCGGAAAGGUCCGCCUCAAGGUCCCCCAAGAUCUGGCCGCCGCUCCGCUCUUCCCGUGCUCUUCCACUCACGACGAUAUAGCAAUUUUGGCUGAUCGGAGGUUGUCGCUCAUCCAGAUGCACAAGCUCAAUGGUGGCCGCAUGGAUCGGAAGGUGGCCGAGUCGUCGCUGGGCUUAAGUGAGCGCAGUAGAAUUCGCAGGAAUGAUGAGAUUCCUUGCUCUCGGAGCACCACCACUGGUAGGAGGAGGAACCUUUUCUCGGUUGCUAAGGAUGGCCUGAAGCAAGUCAUGCGGAGGUCAUCAAGUUCUCUUAAUUCUGCCGGGCUGAUAUCAAGAAACCGGGGUUCUUCGGGCUCCAGCGAGAGCAAACAUGUGCCCGUAGAUGAGUUUUUGAGGACCGGCGACAUGAUCGGGCUGAACUUGAGAGCCGCACACAUGAGGCUGAGUACUUACAGGGCAUGGCCAAACAUGCACGACAACCGGUUUGCUCUGUAUAAGCUCCCGUUGCUGGCGCCGGAGGCCGGCAGAGAGUAUGCCGGUCUAUGGGGUGGCACAUUUGGCUGGCCUCCUGGUCGGCCUUCCGAAGACAAGCCGGGGAAGGCCCUGUUCUUCUUGUUGCUUUCGUAUGAGGAGGCUGAGGGGCAGCUUCGUCUCAUUGCCACCAAAAUAUUGGAAGGAACCCACUAUGUUCUCCACCCCAAUGGCUCUGCAAUGUUCACUGUGAAGGUCGAUGAGCCGGCAACGGAGCCAUUCCCUUGGGAGACUUAUGGUGACUCUAUCCAUGUGGAAGUGCAGCAUACUUGCUCUGGCGAGGGCAUUGCGAGUGGUUAUGGGUUCCGGUACCCUGGAUCCAAGCCUGGUUCCCUCUAUGUGAUCCAAAAUGGGCUUCUUGCAUUUGUCUGGAGGGAGUCCAAGGCUGUCUUGACUUUGCAGAGGCUCGACUUGGAAGAGCUGCUGAAGAAAGGAGAGCGAGUACCCUCUCUACCUCCAAUUGACAAUUUUGCCUACUUAACGAAAUCAUAUUCAAAUGUUUUUGCAGGCCUCCCUAGCAACUCGAGUUGUUCAACCUCACCACGGCAAUAUCAUUGACAGUGGAUUCUAGAGUUCUGACAUAUGAAGGCGCAAGAUAAGAAUUUAGCUUUGUUCCGUCUCUGAGGUCAAACAAGUCAUUAAAAUUUUCAAGCAGUUUAUAGGUUCAAAGGUACCAAGCAAUUUCUACAUCUCACCAUUGUGUCUUAUUCCACAGAUUUGAUAAUUAGUCAAUCAAAUGAACAAGUGCUUGGAAGUUUGUUGAGUUUCAGGACAUAUUCUUUUGAAGCCAUCAUCUCCGUUAAGUGGAUCUAUGCAUUAAGCUAAUGUCAUCAAAGAAGAUAUUUAUAUUGGCUGUCAUAAAGUUGUGAGAUGUAUAAAAAUGAAUCAGAAUAUUCCCUUUGGGGCUGAAAUUAUGCACAUUGUUGUAAUAAAACCUCCACCAUCUUAAUUACAGCAUAUUGGUUCUUUGAUGAUA